ACUAAACACCAGCAGACCAUUGGGCCAGACAGUAAAGCAUGAUUCUUACCACUGCUCGUUCCUAAAUUUUCAAAUUCUACGCUAAUGAUCCCAUAUUAUUUGUGACUGCUGGAGAACAAUUUAAGUACGCUGAAAAGAAGGCAAAGACAAGCUCGGAGAGGAAAAAGAAACUCGUGACAUUUCAUUAAGGAACUACGACUUCGGGCUGAGCUGUCAAAAUUGGGGCUGUCCCGCGGAAAACAGGACAGUUGGGAGGGUCUGUGUAUAGUUUUUAUUUCAACUGUUAAAAAUUCUGGAUGGAAUCUGAAAUUGAUGAAACGGGAUACUCUCAACUCUCGUUAGACUCUGCAAUUUCUGUGCUUGACGCCUCUGAAUUCAUUGGUCUCCAUUCUGUGCACACCAACUCUUCAGACCAUGAUUCUCAAGGCCCUUCAUUCUCUUCACCAUACAACCAUGUACAGUUUCCGUCUGUCCACCAGUCAAUGACAUCAUCAUCAUCGCCGUACCACUUGAACGCAAACUAUUACUCACAGCACGCAGAGGAGUGGUGCUCCAAUGGACUUUAUGAUCUCAAGAGAAUACCAUCAGAUAACCUAUAUUCAAUAGACACUGAUAUAAUAAGUUUGCCAGAAACCAAGAAGCACAGGGUAAGCCCCCGAGUUGGAAGGGUUAAAGGAGACGAGCUGUGUGUCGUGUGCGGAGAUAAUGCGUCAGGAUAUCACUACAAUGCAUUAACUUGUGAAGGAUGCAAAGGUUUCUUCCGAAGGAGUAUUACUAAGAAUGCAGUUUAUAAGUGUAAAAAUGGAGGAAACUGUGAAAUGGACAUGUACAUGAGGAGAAAAUGCCAAGAGUGUCGGCUGCGCAAGUGUAAACAGAUGGGAAUGCUGGCUGAAUGUUUGUUAACGGAAAUACAAUGUAAGUCAAAACGACUUAGGAAAAAUGCAAAGCCUCAGUCUGAGAAACCAUUUCAUGAAGACAAUGAUGGACAUGAAACAAAGCAAGUGACGUCUACCACUAAAACAAAUCAGGAGAACACAGAACUUACACAAGAACAGAUGGGCCUUCUCCAGUAUGUCAUGGAUUCACAUCUUAAACAUCGGCUGCCUCAGAGUCUGGCUACAAGAUUAAUUUUGCAGGAUGACAUGGGCAGUGAUGACAACUUUGUUUUCCUCACAGAGAUGGCUACAAGACAUGUUCAAAUACUCGUGGAAUUCACCAAAAAGUUACCAGGUUUUCAGACGUUAGACCAUGAAGAUCAGAUUGCUCUCCUGAAAGGUUCUGCAGUGGAAGCAAUGUUCCUUCGCUCAGCAGAGCUCUUUAACAGAAAGUUGCUUGAGAGACAUACAGACAUCUUGGAAGAGAGAAUUCGGAAGAGUGGGAUAUCUCAUGACUACAUAAACCCAAUGUUUAAUUUCUACAAGAGUGUUGGCGAGCUUAAGAUGGUAGAAGAAGAAUAUGCGCUUCUCACUGCAGUGGUGAUACUAACACCAGAUCGGCAGUAUCUCAAAGACAAAGAGUCUGUAGAAAAACUCCAGGAAACAUUUCUACAUAUCUUGGAAAAGAUCUGCAAACGCCACCAUCCAGACAACCCUCAGCACUUUGCUCGCCUACUUGGACGUCUAACAGAGUUACGGACAUUCAGCCACCACCAUGCUGACAUGCUCAUGUCUUGGAGAAUGAAUGAUCACAAAUUUACACCACUUCUCUGUGAAAUCUGGGAUGUACAAUAAUCAAUGCUUGAUAUGGUUCCCAAACAACUAGUAGCAUUAAAUGUUAAAAAUACAUUAGUGUUAACCUCGCUUUUCAUUUUCAUAUAAACGGUCACAAACCCUUACUGUGUGCACAGAACAUUCCUUUUGCAUAAUGGCACAUAAACAUUUGAGUGAAAGCUGCCAUAUUACCAUAGGAUUCUGAAUUCUCCAUAACGAGACAGUCUCACACUUAUUUAUUAAUGCAAAUAUGUGGUGAAGUACUAUUCUGAGUAUGUAUAUAUAUUAAGCUAUGCCAUCACAUUUUACUGUUGAGGCCAUUUAAACAGCCACUUAAUUCCACAAAUAUAUAAAUGACAUCAUCCUUUUUAUAUAUAACUUUAUUUCAAUAAUAUUUUAUUUCAAUUAAGUUUUUAAAUGUCUUUUUUAAUUUUGCAAAAAAAGGAAAUUAUCUUGUAAGUUAUGCAUAUUGUAGAAAAAUACAUACUCGGAGUUAGUGUUUAUAAUGUAAAUAUGUGCAGGAGCAAACAUGUUUUUCUGGCUGUAGAGAAUUAAACAAACUCCUGGGAGCAAUUCAGAAAAUGUUUGGAAACCUUAUAUGUGUAUCAGCAGAUAAAGAAGUAAAGAGGAGGCAUAGAACCUCUUCACUUAUUUCUGUUUUAAUCAUUCCAGCUGUUGAUUUGAAGAGGUGGAACAACAGGAGGGCUACAUACCAUCCAUGGGCAUCUUUAGGAGAUCUUUUGAAUGUUAGCUAUAUUACCAAUGAUGAUAUCAGGCUAUGCCCUAUGGUAGGCCACCCCUCAGUGUGGAAUUCAUGUACAAGAAGGCUGUGGGAUUAUAUAAAUAAGGAUGUGCCCAUACUCUCAAACAAAAAUGGCAUCUUAUGAAGACUGGAACUACAGACUGAAUAACUGACCCCUCCACAGAAGAGAGACAAAACAAGAGGAAAGUAAUCAUACAUGCACCUUAAAGGGUUAGUUCGCCUUUAAGUUAAAGUUUAGUAUGUUAUAGAAUGGUACAUUCUGAAAAACCUUUCAACUGGCCUUCA